GCAGUGACGCAAUAGUAAACUAUAUCCAAUCGCAUGAACCGCGUGUAAGAUUGAGAAGUACGAGGAAACGAGUUAACAACAUUGAAAGCAGAGGGACUCCUCUUGAGAAAUCAAACAGCGCGCUACGGAUACAUGGCGGGAGAGACAUUUACUAGAUCGAUAAGGUUGUGUCGUCGUCAUUUGGCUCUGUUACAGAGAUGUCCUCAGUCCAUAGCUCUCCAAGUACCUCACAAGUCCUUCUCUUCACUCAGAGUUGUAAAGAGUCACAGACUCUUUAGGAAGUUGCUGUUUGGCAUCUCGGUUGGCGUGCCAUUCGUAGUCGGGUUCGGAUAUGUGGCCUCCAAGCCCAGAGAAAGGAGGAAGAUGAGGAUACUAGCAGAGGGAGUCGGGCGCUUCUGCAGAUCUCUCUAUGUCGGGCUUAAGAUAUCAGCCGACUACUGGUGGACGUCUAACAUUGCGCUGCGUGGUAUGGAUGAGAGCAGUCCAGAUUAUUCAGAGGUUAUGUCCGCCUGUCAUCAGAGAGCAGCCAAUAGCAUGGUAGAAGGGGCAAUUCAGAACGGAGGCUUGUAUAUUAAGCUGGGACAGGGCCUGUGUGCAUUUAACCAUCUUCUACCUCCAGAAUACAUCAGCACCCUUCGUGUGUUAGAGGAUAAAGCUCUCAAUAGACGAUACAAAGAGGUAGAUGCUUUAUUUCAAGAGGACUUCAACACAACUCCAGAAAACUUGUUUAGGAAGUUUGACCAUGAGCCUAUGGCUGCUGCCAGCUUGGCCCAGGUUCACAAGGCAGAACUGCAUGAUGGGACACCUGUGGCUGUAAAGGUGCAAUAUAUUGAUCUCAGGGAUCGUUUUGAUGGUGACAUCAGGACUUUGGAGAUUCUGUUGGACAUAGUGAAGUUCAUGCACCCUAGCUUUGGUUUCCGCUGGGUAUUACAGGAUUUAAAGGGAACAUUAGCCCAAGAGCUGGACUUUGAGAAUGAGGGCAAGAAUUCUGAACGCUGUGCAGAAGAGCUGAAACACUUUAAAUUUAUAGUUGUGCCAAAAGUAUUCUGGGAUUUCACCAGCAAGAGAGUUCUCACAGCAGAGUUCUGUGAAGGAUGUAAAGUCAACAAUGUCGAGGAAAUUGAACGUCAGGGACUGGGUCUGAAAGAUACGGCUGAUAAGCUCAUCCGCACAUUUGCAGAACAGAUCUUUUACACCGGCUUUAUUCAUGCUGACCCACAUCCUGGAAAUGUGCUGGUAAGAAAAGGUGCAGAUAAAAAAGCGGAGUUGGUUCUGUUGGAUCACGGACUGUAUGAACACCUCAGUAAAAGUGACAGAGUGGCUCUGUGUCAUCUGUGGAGAUCCAUCAUCCUGCGCGAUGAAGCCGGUAUGAAGAAAUAUGCAAAUGAGCUUGGGGUCAAAGAAUACUUCUUGUUCUGCGAGAUGCUCUUGCAGCGGCCAAUCAACAUGUGGAAUCUGGGCCUGGGUAACAUCAUGACUCGAGAGGAGACCACCUACAUGCGUGACAUGGCCAAGAAUCGCUUUGAUGAAAUCAUGCAGGUGUUAAAGUCAAUGCCGCGGCCCAUGCUGCUGGUGUUCAGGAACAUUAACACGGUCCGAUGUAUCAACAUCACUCUGGGAGCUCCAGUAGAUCGAUACUUUGUCAUGGCCAAAUGUGCUGUGAGAGGAUGGGGCAGAAUACAAGCAGAUCACAUCCGGUUUCUGCAGGGAUUCACUGUCUUCCACCAUUUCUGGUCCUUUUGGGAAAGCAUCAAGUUUGAAUUUGCUUUAAGGUCAGAGAUGGCGCUAAUGAGCAUCAGUCGCGCUCUGCUUCAGCUGCUGUCUUACUGUGGUAUCAUCACGCUGGACCAGGAUGUGUAUCAAUAUCUGAAAUGAAGCUUCAUUGACCACAUACCUCAUCAUGACACUACUUCAGUGUGCCUAAAGCCUUUAAAAAAAACCCUGUGAAACACAUUUCAUGCUGCUUUACACGCACACACAGUGCUUUAUCAAUGAUUUUUCUUUCAUUAUUCAACACACACUCGGCUCUCAGGAACCUCUUUCUGUGUGCUUGUACAGUUUUAUUUGGAUAUAAGCGCUGAUCUGGUUGUAAAGUACUUUUAAGGGAUCGCUGAAUUUCUUAAUGCUUUCGUGGUUAAGUGGUUUUAUUUAUUUGAUAAAAGUACACACAUUCCAGCAUCGUAUCGUAGUUUUUGUCCAACUCCAUUGACUUGUAUUAGAUGUGCUGUGAGGUACGGUAUUACUCCGCGCCGGGAACGUUGUUUGUAUUCUUGCAAUUGGCAAAGGCGGAUUAUCGCCACCAACUGGGCUGGAGUGUCUAUUAUUCAAGCUCUCAACGGAAGAAUAUACGGGUGUGAGGCGUUUGGAAAAAUAGGUCCACAAGUUUACAACGAAUGCUAAAACAGCUGUUGGAAAGCAUCUUUUGCAGCAAUUUUUGUGUGAGCAUAUCAGUGAACACCCCUGACCACUCGCUGAGUUUCACGUCUUUGUAAACGAAAGUUUAAUGCAUUUUAGGAAGGAUUGUUCUAGUGCACCUAUACAGCCAUUGUAGAGGUGGAAGGUGAAACAACAAACACCCGAAAAUUCUCGGGCCAGCAUCAUAUGUCGAAAUUUCAGUCAAAACCGUUCUAUUUCAUCAUAAACAAUCUGAAAACAGGGCUUUAAGUGUAAAAUACCGAACUUGUCCUUUAAAUGGAAUUAUCAAACAAUUUCUCAUAACUUGAUCUAUUUCUCUUGAAAUAUUUCAAUGCAGUAUAGUAUUUUAUUAUGGUAUUGACUCUUGACUGCUGAGAAUCUUGUGAUACUUUAUACUUGAAAAGGCUAUUUUAUCAAAUAAGAGCUGUAAGAUGUAGCGAAAUUACCAGGAUAUUGCAAAUGUGCAUAUCGCAAUACACAGUGCAAUGGUUUGCAAUAGCUGAAUAUUUUUAAUACAUCAAAAAGUUAUGCAUAGUCGUAGUUUUAGGUCAAUGCAGAUAGCAGAGAGACUGAUGCUUUGUUUUCUUAGAGAGAAUGUGAAACAUGAUGUUAUAUGUGACCCUGAAACCAGUCGGGUCCUUUUUUUAAUGAGAUUUAUACAUCAUCAGAAAGCUGAAUAAAUAUGAUUUCCAUUGAUUGACGGAUUGUUAGGAAUUAAUAUUUGGUCGAUGUAAAACUAUUUAUCCACUCACAAAAAUAAAGUUUUGAUAUAUGUACGUUAGAAAAUUCACAAAAUAUCUUUAAGGGAUAUGGGCUUAAUAUCCUAAUGAUUUUUGGCAUAAUAAUUAAUUUUGAUCUAUGUGUUAAUGGCUAUUGCUACAAAUAUACCUGUGCAACUUACGAUUUUUUUAUUAUUCAAAUUGAUUUUACAAACUUAAAUACAUCCUAUGUGAACUGAUUCUUGGAUAAUUUGGGCUUUCGUUUCAUACAAUGAAAUUGUACAUCUUUAUUCUUGUAAUUUCUCAUAUUUUAAUGUGGCACUGAACACUGUGAUAAUUUGAAACGCCAGAAAUUCAUUCUGGGAAUAAAAAAUGUCAUUUUUAACCAAA